AUGAAGAGAUUUGUGGCCGGCACGCACUCAAGGCGAGGAGUGAAGAUCUACACGAAGACUGGCGACGGUGGCGAGUCGUCCCUAUUCACUGGCGAGCGCAGGGCGAAGGAAGACGUGGUGUUCCACGCACUAGGCACCACCGACGAGCUCAACUCCUUCGUCGGACUUGCCCGUGAGUAUUGCGAGCAGAGCAAGAAUGGGUUGGAUGAAAAGCUGCAAAUGAUUCAGUCGCUGCUGCUUGACAUCGGAGCCAACGUGGCCACGCCACGAAACGCAGCCGACGCCGAUGCCCGUCGCACCGAGUUUUCGGACGUCCACGUGACCACUCUGGAGAAGUGGAUUGACGAGCUCGAUGCCGAGCUGCCGCCACUCAAGAACUUCAUUCUUCCGUCGGGCGGCCUCGCUUCUUCGCACCUGCACGUCUGCCGUUCAGUCUGCCGCCGAGCCGAGAGCCUGGAGGAGCUCUACCUCUCCGGCUGCGCGCGUAUCACCGACCAGACCUGCCAGCUGCUGGCAGCCAAGCAGGUCCUGCUGGCACAGCCUGCCCAGGCAUCAAUGACCACGACGUCUUCUUCUUCAUCAGAUUCCGCUGAUGAGGUGGUCGCAUCGAGCGCACGCCGAGGCCUGCGCGUGCUCGACCUCACGGGGUGCUUUCGCAUCACGGCCCAGGGUCUCGUGUCGCUGCUUUCCAGCCUGACCUCCCUCACCACGCUCUACGCGCCGCCGUGCCUGGGCCAGUGGGACGCCUUCACCGACGCGCGGCUGUGGCUCGACGCCGCGUUGGCCUUUCCGCACCUCCGGGCGCUCCACCUCUCCGGCAUGUCGGUCAAGGGCGACACCAUCACCGAAACGCUCCCCAAGCGCUUCGCCAACCUCGUCGCCCUCGACCUCUCCGGUUCCAAGCUGCUCAGCGCCCACGCCAUCCGCGAUCGUGACGAUGGUGAUGAUGGGCUCGACUGGUCCGAAGGAGGCCGGCAGGGCGACAACGACGAUGACGGCUACGAUGAAGCCGAUCGGCGCGUGCGGGGUCGCAUGGAAGACGCCUGGGCGGGCAUGUUGGCGACCAUGCCGCAGCUGCGGGACAUCAACCUUCGCGCCUGUGCCGGCGUGCGACACGACGUCCUGGCCGAUCUGCAGGCCACCUUCCCUCACGUCCGCCUCUCUUUCUGA